AUGUGCCAAGGCGUUCAAGAACUUUGCCGGGAGAAGAGACGGAUACGUUUGAGAGGGCCUUUGACAAGCUAUAUCAGUGCGAUCAGGCUACGUCUUGCUGAUCUGGAAUUGGUAUGGAAGCCUGCUAGAUUUGGAACAGCUUGCGCUGUCGUCAAGAAAUAUGCGACUCAUUUUGUGCAGCUUGCACUCGAGGACAUGAAAAAUAAUGGUGAGAAAGCAGCAUCUGAGAAACAUGCAUUUAUCCUCGACCUAUACAAGGAGUUGCAAGAUUCGAUACUCGUGGGGGAUCAAUUAGUCCAUGUUCUGAUUGCAGGAAGGGAUACGACGGCAUGUCUAAUGUCAUGGGAAUUCUUCCUUCUUGUGAGGCAUCCCGAAGCUCUCACACGAAUCCGAGAUGAGAUCCAGACUAUCACUGGAGGAUCAACUGGGUUUACUCGGGCCCAUAUCAACAGAAUGAAGUAUCUCAGAUGUGUGAUCAACGAGUGUAAGCUUAUUUGCAGUUCAAUUGCUUAA